GCGAAACUGGGGUAACACGUAAGCAUAGAGUAUAUUUCGAAUGAAGAUUACUCAUGGUGGACCAGUAAUUAGCGUGCGACACAAUGAACUAGAAUCACUUAUGGCAUGUACGUCGAACCCGUCAUACGCGCUUAACAACUAUAUGGAGAGCAAGUAAUUUCAUAGCGUCUCUAGUAGAGGACAUGAAAAAUGGGAAAGCGCACGCGAGGCGACAGUAGUGAUGAUGGGGAAGACCUCCUCCUCCUUACAUGUAUGGGAUACCGCAGGAAGGAAGCGCGACAAGCACUUCAAGACGCAAGCGGAGACUUCGAUGGUGCUUUGCGUGUUUUAGAAGCAUCAAAAAGCGCUGAAGUAGGGGCAGACGAGCUAUCCUGUCCUCCCAGGAGCACAGCAUCCGCCGCUUCGUCGAGUUGUUCCCCGAGUGCCUCAUCAAGGAGCGCUAGCAAAAGACCUAGAGCGGCAGAGGAUGAAACUGCCACGAGUAACGCGACCGGUUUGGUAGAGAAUGAAGUACUGGAUUACGAUGGCCUGCGUCUGUGGCCUGGAGGCGACGGCAAGUUGUACCUCUUCGCGCAAGCGGUAGUGGACGCGGCGACCCAGAGCGUAGAAGAUCAUGAAGAGGCUGCGUCGGCUUCAGAUCGGUUACCAGAUACACAAGCCUGUGAGCGAAUGAAAACCCUUUUGCGGGAGUACCUUCCUAUCGCGGGACACACGAAGAAAGACGGCAGUUUUUCCAUCAAGGCGAUAAGCGAUUUCGAUAUGGAACUGUAUCGGGGAAAGAGGCUCCUGCGUAGUAAUACUUUUGGGAACAGAGGGCGAGUGGAUGGGCGCAACGUGGAGAUACAAAAGUCUGGAAACUUAUGGGUUUGCGACGUUGGUAGCCAACUGAACCAGUCUGCUUUGCAGUCUGACCUAAAAGCCGUUGAUUUUCAGAGUUUACUUGCAGCCACCAGCGCAACCAAUAAACAGCGGGACGACGCUAUCUUCUGGCUGCCUGUGAAAGAGAGCGCUUUGGAUAAAACAAUGGAAAGAUCGCCAGAAGAUGUCGGAAGUAUGUCUGCUAAAAACCACAGAGCGACUGAGGAUGCUGUACUUGAUGACGGUGCCAACAGCGUUCUUUCCUUUCUCGAUGACAGCGACGACGAUGGUGACGAAGCCCAGUCCGAUUCAGGGCUGAAAGGGCCUCUACGCUCAGGAAAAAGGAAAUCAGAUCAUAGCAAUUUCGAGAAUCUGCGCAAGGCUGCCGAUUGUCUGAUAGAAUUUGCGACAGAGUGGUGGGCGGAGCACGGAACAGAGCGAGCUGACGAGGCGUCUUCUGCGGUGUCAUCUCCUGUGGGGAAAAAUGCCACGACGUCUAUGUCCUCAGCAGUGACAACACAGUUGAUCCGGCCAGUUCAAGCGAUGUUGGCUCGCUAUCCGGGCAACGGUGCCAGGUACGUAAGACACCGGGACAAUGAGACGGUUGACGGGCCGCGGAGAAAGAUGAACUACCGCUGUCUCACGGCGAUCCUGUACCUUUCAGACACGUGCGACCAGACACCGUGGAAAGCUGAAAAUGGUGGCCAGUUGCGCGCCUAUCUCGAGAACACUCCCGCUGACCCUAGAACGGUACUUUCGACGACAUCAGAGAAAGAGAGCGGAUCGACAGAGACAACAGCAAGCGUUUCGACGGGAGUCAAAGCAGAAGGAAAUCCACCCAAAAAUAGCACUAGCAUAACCAGCAUUGACGUUGAUCCUGUAUUCGGCCGCAUCGUUUUGUUCGCGGCAGAUAUUGUGCCCCACGAAGUCUUACCCUCAUUUCGUGAACGCACAGCUCUCACAAUGUGGUUCAUGUGUCCUAUGCCCAAUAGGAGAACAACUUGAGGCGUACUGUUAUGUCUACCUUUAAGAACAAUAUCAAAACCUCAAGAUGAUUGGGAACCUAAAGUGCUCGGCCACUCGUCC